GAUCACAUACCACACUUCACUUCUCGAGUUCGCCGUUCCCGGAGAAGAAAAUGGCGUCCUCAAAUUUCGAUCAAGAUAACGUGGUUCGAUGCAAAAUGAAUCGAAGGGAUAUCGCCUUGGUUUUUAUUGCCGUACUGGUUUUAAUUCAAGGAGCAGUUACUGUCUAUAUCAUUGUUGCAAACAAGCAAACAACCAAUGGGGAGUUGCAGACCAAGCUUCAAAUGCAGCAGGAUGAGAUUGAGAAACAACAGGACGAGAAUAAGAAACAAAAGGAUGAAAUAAAGGAACAUCAGGACAAACUGACAAGUAUAUAUAGUGAACUGGAGAAGGCAAAAACUAACCAAGGAGUGGUGUACGUUCGAUGGGGACGGAAAGACUGCCCUGGAAAUGGGACUGAAACAGUCUACUCAGGGUAUGCUGGUGGAUCAUACUACAACCACGCAGGAGCGGCCGUGGAUUACGUUUGUCUCCCCCCAGAUCCUUCAUGGGGACCCAAAAAAGAUAUUCGAUCAUACGCGCCAGGAUAUAUGUAUGGUGCUGAAUAUGAAGAUGAAGUUCUCUUUAAUAAAAAUUACAAAAACAAGGAUGUUCCCUGUGCUGUUUGUCGUAGUUCUAACCAAUCAACAUCAAUCAUGAUACCCGCACGUACCACGUGCUACACAGGAUGGGAUGAGGCGUACCAUGGUUAUCUGGCAUCGGGUUAUAACAGUCACGUUGCUGCAUCACAAUACGUAUGUGUAGACGAAAUUCCUCAGGCCUUGAUUGGUGGUGGAAGCAGUGAUGACAACGGAAAACUGUUCUACCAGGUUCGAACGAGGUGUGGUUCACUGAAAUGCCCCCCUUACGAGGAAGACAAGGUACUGUCCUGUGUUGUGUGUAUGAAGUAAUCUCACCUCAUACAUGAAAAGGAAUGGCAAGACGAGUGACAAUAUAAUCAGCGUCAUUAUAUUGAAUCAUGUUUAGAUCACUUACAUUCCGUAUAUUUUUUUAUUUUAGAGCCCAUUAUUUGUUUUCCAUGUAUUGUUUUUUACCCACUUAUAAAUGAUUUCAUAGUUAUUAAUCAAUAUAUUGAUACAGUAACGACGUCGACUUAUUUACACAGGCAACCUUCGUUCUUUUCCUUUUGUGUGAAUGUUUCACUGGCAUACACAAAUACAAUACAUUUACUAUUCCCUGCUUUAUUAAAACAAAAUAUGAACACUUCAUAAUUUCACAAUACUAUAAAUUCCUUUGUGACAGAUGGUAAUGUACCAUGUUACCUUCGUACACAUAUUUGACUGGCAAAUACAAUUGAUUUACAUUUUCCUGCUGUUUUAAAAAACUAAGACGAAAAAAAAAUCCAUUUUGCUACAACAUAUUCCAAAGGAGCAGAGAGUAUAAGUGAGUUUAACACCUAGAGGAUGGCCUAAAGGUGAAGACCGACUUUAUUGUUUCGCUUGUGAUACAUAAAGUGACCUGAAACAGGUUCGUGAUAUUUAUUUUACAGAUCAAAACAAGAAGAAACUUUUUAAAAAGUACAUGGAAACAAGAGGCCCAAA